GCGGUGCGCGUCAGUCUGCGCUCCAGGGCGGGAGCACGGACGGCUGUCCCGGCCGCUGAGCUCGCGAUUGCGGCUGCGGGGAAGCGAGCGGGGCCGCCGGGCUGCAGCCGGGCGGAGGGUGCGCGCGGGUGGAGGCGCGCGGCCCGCAUGGAGGCGCCGAGGAGCGCGCCGCGGGAGCGGGAGCGCGCUCGGACCACGGCAGGAAGUGACCAGGUUCACUCCUGGAUACUGGUUACAAGCCAAGUCGUCAGCACUGCCUGGAGAAUAGCAAGGGUCUCUGUGACGCUGGCGGUGUCCCUUCUGUCCGCGUCCCUCUGCUACUUCAGAAGGCUGCAUUUGUAUUUAGGGCAUCGGCUGAAAUGGUGGAUUGGAUAUCUGCAGAGAAAAUUCAAAAGAAACCUCAGCGUGGAGGCAGAAGUAGAUCUACUCAGUUAUUGUGCAAGAGAGUGGAAAGGGGAAACACCCCGUGCCAAACUGAUGCGGAAGGCUUAUGAGGAACUAUUCUGGAGGUACCAUAUUAAAUGUGUUCGGCCAGUGAAGAGAGAUAACUACGAUGCUCUCCGGUCCGUGUUGUUCCAGAUCUUCAGCCAAGGUCUCUCUUUUCCACCGUGGAUGAAAGAAAAAGACAUCGUGAAGCUUCCUGAGAAACUGCUUUUUUCUCAAGGCUGUAACUGGAUCCAGCAGUACAGUUUUGGACCUGAGAAGUAUACAGGUUCCAAUGUGUUUGGAAAGUUACGGAAAUGUGUGGAGUUAUUGAAAAUGCAGUGGACCGAGUUUUGUGGGAUGAGAGACUAUCACAAGAGAGGGAGCAUGUGUAACAUCCUCUUCUCCGACGCCAUCCUGGAGUAUAAACUGUACGAAGCUUUGAAGUUCAUCAUGCUCUACCAGGUCACGGAAGUGUACGAACAAAUGAAGACGAACAAAAUUAUCCCCAGCCUCUUCAGACUCCUGUUCUCCAGGGAGUCCUCCUCAGAUCCCUUGAGCUUCAUGAUAAACCACCUGAACGCCAUAGGUGACACCUGUGGAUUGGAGCAGAUUGACAUGUUUAUACUCGGGUAUUCCCUUCAAGUAAAGAUAAAAGUGUUCCGACUGUUCAAGUUUAACUCCAGAGACUUUGCAGUCUGCUAUCCUGAGGAGCCUCUCAGGGAGUGGCCAGAGAUCUCCCUGCUGACCGAGAAUGACCGCCAAUACUACAUCCCCGUCUUUUAAGUCUGUGGUGGAAUGAACAUCAUCGGCUUUUCUCAGCGACAGUGGUCAAACUUGCCAAAAAAGUAUUUCUGAAAAACCCACGGUAGUGUUUUAGCCAAAGAGGGCACCACGACCUACGGGAACACUGGGUGGAGGGAGCCAGGGUGGUUCGCCUUUCUCCUUCAGAGAUUUCUCCACAGCAGCACACACCUGGGUUUUGGGUUGACUUUGUCGUAAGGGAUCUGCUGGGUUCACAUCAUGAUGUGCCUUUAAGACCUAGAGAAACUUAAUAUGGACAAAAAUUGGAAGGGAAAUGGCUGACCUCAGCAGCAGGGACUUUUUGUCUCUGACCUUUGUAUUCUUUAGUAAGACUCUCUCCUGGGAUUUGGGACAAUCAUAAAUAAACAGGGCCAUGUUUUAUAAGCAUUACCUUCCUGGGAUUCUUUGUUGUUUACUAAUUUUCUAGAACCACCUGAUUAAUGUUAAAAUAUUGUGUGUGCAAGAAAACCCACAGAACCAACUAACCUGACCUCACAGGGGAUCACAGAGACUGAACCGACAACCAGGGAGCCUGCAUGGGACUGACCUAGACCCUCUGCUACAGAUGUGUACAGAUGUUCCAGAUGUAUAACUUUGUCUUCUUGUGAGACUCCUAACAGUGGGAGCAGGGGCUGUCUCUGACUCUGUUACCUGUCUCUGGUACCCUUUCCUCCUACUAGAUUGUCUCAUCCAGUCUCAAUAGAAGAGGAGGUGCCUAGUCUCACUGCAACUUGAUAGACCAUGGCUGGCUGAUAUCCAUGGGAGGCCUGUCCCUGUCUGAAGAGAAACAGAGAAGGAGUGGAUGGAGGGGAAAAGGGGAAGUGUGUGGAGGGGGGACUGAGAGGAGAGGAGGGAGGGGAAACUUUGGUCAGGAUAUAAAAACAAAAAUAAGAUAAGUAUCGUGUGUGUUUAUAUAUACACACAAAUGUAUUUAUAUAUACACAAACAACCACUGGUUUGUAAUAUUGUACAGUUUCUUUAUAUUUCUACUUUUUUUGGGGGGAACUGUUGAGUCUGGCAAGCUUAUGUCUGUUUAUUUAAAUAAAAGAAGAUAAAGUCUA